UACUUUUUAGUCUUUAUCCAUAUAUAAUGUUUAAUAGUUAAGUAACUAUUAAACCUCUUAGUCUUUCGUAUAAAAUAUAUUUAGCCUGGUUACUUCUGAUUCACGUUUCUUAGUUCAAACAGUUUGUGUUUUCUAAGCCUUAAAUUAAGACAAUAGUCAGUGAAUGUAACUUGAGAGUAGUGGUAAAGUAUUUCUGAGUGCAAAUUAUUAUCUUAAAGGCUUUUCUCUCCUUUUUGUUUGUGAUUCAAAUGAAAUAAACAACCUGAUGUGAAACUGGCUGCAAACUUUAACAGCAACGCACUUAUCCACAGAUAUUUAUAUCCACCCCCAAAGAUGGCCCUGGGCACGGUCCAUCAUGGUGGGCACGCUCUGGACACGGAGUCUCCACCUGGACUCUUCACUCAAUGGGAGUUUGAGGCCGCCGGCCAACGCAGCAGCGUAACGUCCAUCCUGGAGAGGCAAUGCACGCACACGCGCGCACGCACACGCGCACACACACACACACACACAGAUUUGUGCACUGACUUCACUGGAAUCAUUUAUGAAAUAUUGUUUAUUUUCCUUCAACAUUUUCUUGAUGGAGAAAUAAUCAAAGGUUUUACUGCAGUAUAAUUGGCAGUACAUCUGUGUACAAAUACUGAUCUGCCUUCCAAAAUGUUCUAUUUAGUAAAGAAUAGUGAAAAAAAGAAUCAAAAUCUCAAAAUGUACAUGCACAUAAAUAUUUGUACGUUGAGUUUUUUUCUUUGGUGUCAGAGAAGAACAUGUUUGUAAAUUGCAGGUUAACAAGUGAAACGUUUCUAAAAUCUUUUUCAUUUGAUGAAAAAGACACAAAAAGUUGACUUGUAAAAAUGUUCUUUCAAUUUGACUAAUUAAAGGGAAGGCAGAUCACUGAUAUUGUAGAAAGGAAUUUGAUUGUUUUUAUUUAGUGAAUAUUUCUUUUGCGAAAAUGGCCUUGAACGCAGCACCAUAUCAGAGAAGCUUAAUUUAAACCUGUGCGCUCCAGACCACAACAGGUGCCCCCUCCUCCCUUUCGGCUCCACCUGUCUUCCCUUCUCCAGGCGCGCUGCCGACCCACAAAGCAGCCGUCAUUUUUUAGCAACGGUAUGCCGCCCCGCCGGGGGGCUGCACGGCGCGAACCCCCUCCGUCACCGGAUCGGCGGCAGCUGCUCGGCCCCCCGGAGCUAUUUUCACCCUCAGGAUAAGGUGAAGCGCAGCCGCCCGCUCCCGCGGCCCCCCCGGCUGCCCCAGUCCGACCACAGCUGAGCCACGAUGAGCUCCACGCGCAGCACGCAGCCCCCCGGCGGCUUCGGCUUCGCCUCCGACCGGGACGACCUGGACAGCGACAGCUCCGACGGGAAGUCCACCGGGGAGCCGGCAGCGGGGGAGGCCGGAGGCGGGGGCCCCCGGAGAGGCAGGCAGCGGAGGAGGAGGAGGAGGAGGCGGCGGCGGCGGAGACGCGGCGGCAGCAGCAGCAGCAGCAGCAGAGGAGGAGGAGACGAACGCGUCGCCGGCGCGAACAAGCAGAGGCAGGCGGCCAACGCGCGGGAGCGCGACAGGACGCACAGCGUGAACACGGCCUUCGCGGCGCUCCGCACGCUCAUCCCCACCGAGCCCGCCGACCGGAAGCUCUCCAAGAUAGAGACGCUGCGCCUGGCCUCCAGCUACAUCGCGCACCUGGCCAACGUGCUGGUGCUCGGGGAGGACUGCCCGGACGGGCAGCCGUGUCUCUGCUGCCGCGGCGUCCUGCGCGGCGCGCCGCCGCCCAUCUGCACCUUCUGCCUGAGCAACCAGAGGAAACUGGUGAGCCCCCGCUGCGUCUUUAGGGGGUGUCCAGGGCCCGCUUAGGUCAAACAGGACCAGUGUGGUUUGUUAAAGCUCAGAGAUGGAGGGAAGCACUCGGCUGCUGUGUGAAGUGGACGGCUGUUGUACAUAUAUAAAUAUAUUUAUUUUGGGAAUAGAGCCAUUAAUUGACACUGAAAAGCACUUUGUGUUCAUGGCGCUGUGUUUUGGUUGAGCUGCAACCGGAGCCCAUGUGUGAAGCUGCAGCUGGGGGGGUGGGGGGCUAUUUUGAUCCCACAAACAGUACAAACUACCCCCACGCCUCUAUACUGAAGUCAGAAUAGAGGCAUUAAAGAUGCCUUCAGGAGCCACGAGUGGGGAAGGGAAGGUACUGCAUCAACACGGCAUCGAGUGCUCAAAGAGACAAGGAAAAUCUAUUGGAUUUGUUUACGAAUGUCAUCUUUUAGCUUC